AUGGCUAAAGGUUUGUCCCUCUGCAGCGACCCCGCCGUCAGUGGGGCAGAGUGCGCGGCUCCUUGCGCCCGCGGCACUCUGUACCCUGCGGCUGUGCCCAUCUCCCGGCCGGCCGCAGCCUCAGGGUCGGCGCAAAAUGUGCAGGAGCGCCUCCUGCCCAGGCUGGAUCCGCUGUCAGCAGCGAGGCGUCAGACACGCACUGCAGUGACCAAGCGAGCAGCCAGCAAUUUUGCCCUGGUCGAGUGGCAGUGCUUUUUAAACGCAAGGUCAUCCUUCCUGAAUCCUGAUCACCGAGAUGCCUCUUUCGUGAAAAUACUUCCUUAA